GGUAUCGAUCUGAAGAGGCAUCAUGUUCGAGACGGGCACCGCAGGGUCCCGAAGAGCGAGAACCCUUAUGUUAGGCUGCUUGUGAGGCUCUACAAGUUCCUGGCUCGCCGCACCGAUGCCCCCUUCAACAAGACCGUUCUUCGCAGGCUCAUGAUGUCCAAGAUCAACCGCCCUCCGGUCAGCCUGUCCAAGAUCGUCUUGACGGUUGCCAAUAAGCACACUGCGGAGGCUCACAAGGACAAGACCAUUGUCAUCGUCGGCACCGUCACUGACGACAACCGUCUUCUGGAAAUCCCCAAGCUUUCCGUCGCGGCCCUCCGCUUCACCUCUUCCGCCCGCGCUCGCAUUGUUGCUGCCGGUGGUGAGGCUCUGACCAUCGACGAGCUCGCCCUCCGCGCCCCGACCGGUGCCAACACCCUCCUCCUCCGUGGCCCCAAGAACUCCCGCGAGGCCGUCAAGCACUUCGGUUUCGGUCCCCACAAGAACAAGAAGCCCUACGUGCAGAGCAAGGGUCGCAAGUUCGAGCGUGCUCGUGGCCGCAGACGAUCCCGCGGUUUCAAGGUGUAAGCGACUGUGGAGAAUGGAAUGGUUUCUUCAUUUCGGCGUGGGCAUGGUCGGCUGGGUUCAAACAAGGCGUGAAUCAUGUCUGGGAAGGGCUCUUAGUGAGGUCAAAAAAAUGAUAGUCAAUGUCCAUCAUACAGUGAAGCGCACAAUGAGCACUUCAACUGGAACAUACCAUUUACAACCUUG